AUAGUGUGCCAAGCCAUACUAUAAACCUAUCCAAACAAAAACUACCCUCCUUAUUUUAAUUCUAAAUUGCUUUGUUUCGUCCCUAACGUUCCUUGAUAUCAAUUAUUUUGACUUGUAAUGAAAGCAAACGAACACCACAACAACAAAAUGUAAUAUCAUUGUCUUUCUUUAAACAGGAGGAAGUGAAAAAAAACCAUAAAAUAGGAGGAAAAGUAGUUUAUUUUGGACCUCGCCCUCACUCACUUUCUCUCUCUCUCUCUCUCUCCCUUCCAGCAGCAUCAUCACCAUCAUCAUCAUCGCCAGAAGAGAGAGGGGGGAAACAACACAGGCUUAGUAAGUAAGUAGUAACUAACAACACCGUGCUAGUAGUAGUAGCAUCAGCGGUGGCAGUAUUUCAUUGAGGAAAAACGCGACUAUAUUUAUCCACAGCUACUAAACCCUCCUCUCCACACAUUAUCCCAUUCAUCCCCAGAUUCUCUGAGUUCCUUAUGUUGUUGCCAUUUCGUUGGCAAGCAGGAUUUCACAGACAUUCUUUCUCUCUCUCAGCCUGUCUUCAUGUGUGUGUGUGUGUAUAUAUAUAUAUUUAAAUAGAAGAUGCGUUAGUGUUCGUACUUUAUCAGUAAAGUGAGUGAGUGAGUGAGAGCACGUAUGUGUUAUACACACAUACAUACACACAUAGAUAAUAAUAUAUAUAUAUAUAUAUAUAAUAUGUAAUGUCUGAAAAUCUUUUCGGUUACCGAUAUGUGACCUCUCCAUGUUUGCGUGAGUGUGGCGUGGUGUGGCUGUGGUGCAGCAGGACUUAAGUACGAAACCAACCCCCACCUAUGAUUGGGGGUUGAAACGAACCGGUCAGAUAUUGGUGGAUCUUUGGCGGUAAACAUUGGUUUGCCCUUUUGUCAAAACACUUAGUUGAAAUGUCCUUUAUAGUUUUCCUGGUCGCCCAUCCACCCUCGUCCAAAAAACGAAAACACACACGGAAGCCCGCCUCGUUUAUUAAUCAUUAGAUUAGAUACAACACCAAGGAUAUACAAGACGAAACCUUAGUUCUUUAUUAAAUGAAUACACUCUCGGUUUCUGCUCUCUCUCUCUUCUUUCCCCUCUUUUUUACUUUCUCCUUUCUUUUAGCUCUACCUGUGUUUAUAAGUAUCAAAUCUCCUUGUUCCGGUGCCCUAUUUGAACCGUUGCCAGCUUGUCCUUACCACUUUCUGAUCGACAUUUUAAGUCUUCUUAUAUGGGGGUUAUUGGAUUUUGUUUUUGCCCUUACUAAUCACUUACUAGGCCCCUCCAUAUCUUUGAUCUCUAAAUCUAUAUCUUUUCUCCAUCAUUUUCACUUAUCCCCGUCUUCAUCCUCAUCAUCAUCACUAUUUUCAUCAUUCUUAGAUUCACCCCAUUUUUUUAACCCACCGUAGUCUUAUCUCACCACACCCUUUUCAUUACACACUUGUCAUUAAAUAACUGCUGUUCCAAUUGUUCAGACCAUACCUAUAUCUAUAUAUAUACAUAUAUAUAUAUAUUACCUUUCAUUUUUCUAUUUUAAAUAUUGUCCCUUCAUUCUGAAUGGCUUCUCGUAAGCAACGUGGUGACUAUGAUCGAAAGAUUGCUGGUCUGUAUGACCUGGAAGACACGAUUGGCCGGGGCCACUUUGCUGUCGUGAAGCUGGCCCGGCAUGUGUUCACAGGCGAGAAGGUCGCCGUCAAAGUUAUCGAUAAAAGUAAACUUGAUGAAGUGUCAAAGAACCAUCUGUUCCAGGAAGUGCGGUGCAUGAAAUUGGUGCAGCAUCCUAAUGUUGUCCGCCUCUAUGAGGUGAUUGACACUCAGACCAAAUUGUACCUUAUUUUGGAGCUGGGUGACGGUGGAGACUUGUACGAUUACAUAAUGAAGCACGAUAAGGGCCUCAAUGACAGCCUGGCCCGCAAGUAUUUUAAGCAAAUUGUAGAUGCCAUCUCGUACUGUCACCAGUUACACGUAUGUCACAGAGACCUCAAGCCUGAAAACGUGGUCUUCUUUGAAAAACUAGGCAUCGUUAAGCUCACAGAUUUUGGAUUUAGCAAUGUCUUUAAGCCUGGCAAAAAACUAGAGACUUCAUGUGGUUCCCUUGCCUAUUCGGCACCAGAGAUCUUACUCGGAGAUUCUUACGAUGCUCCAGCUGUUGAUGUCUGGAGUCUUGGAGUUGUCCUUUAUAUGUUGGUUUGCGGCACACCACCAUUCUAUGAAGCAAAUGACAGUGAGACGCUAACCAUGAUCAUGGAUUGUAAAUAUAAGUUCCCAGGUCAUGUGUCGAAGGAUUGUCAGUCUUUAAUUUCUAGUAUGCUGAUCAGAGAACCAAACCAACGCGCUAGUCUGGAACAAAUAAUGAACCACGCAUGGUUGAAGAGUGGAGAUGUUCCCUACUCAAACAUAAGUGUCAAUAUACCUCUGCUGUCUCGGAGCCUCGUCUCUGCCGAUGACCAUGCAUACAUCGUGGAACGCAUGAUUGAAGGCAGGAUGGCAACUAAAGAAGAAAUCGCAUUAUCACUGGAAAAAGAUUCUUAUGACCACAUUGCUGCUACGUAUUAUCUCAUGAUAGAACGCAGGUUGAAAGCUAAGCAGGCGGAGACAUCUGCGUCAACCCCAGUGGGGAAAUCAGCUAAUGCUUACCAAAUUCGUAAGAAUUCAGCACCAGCUGAUGGGAAACCCCACUUAGAACCACUUGCCCUUUCUCCUCGAUCUUUUGGCUUGAAUGGAAUUGAUUCCUGUUACAGCAAACCAAUUCUGGCGAAGAAGACAAAAACGGCCCCCCUAGAGAUAGGCAAUGGCAACAGCUUACCGCAAAACAUGGGCGGACACUCACCCUCCGACGCCUCGGCCAUUUACUUCAAGAGCCUUACUAUAAGCAUGACACUCGACCGCAAAACUAGUGGCAAGAAAAACUCAGUGGCUAGGGAUCCGUAUAGUAAGGGCUCAAAAGCUCCUCUGCCUCCGGAGACCAUCCCCAAUCCCGUGUUUUGUGACACUGGUGGUGCCCCCUCGUCGACCGAAAAGGCCAAGAAACCAUUCAAAUUGUCUAAGAUAGCAAUUUUGAGCUCACUUUUUGAGAAGAAGACCACUGAGAAGCCGAAAGUGUCUUUUGAGGACAAAGAGAAAUCGAAGAAGCCGAAAUUCCUGAAGAAGAUUACUAGCGGCAACAUGUGGCAUAGAAUUCAAGGCCAGUUCAGACACAUCCAGAUAAAGGAUGACGACCCUGGGAACUUGAAACACAGCAUUGUGCAGACACUGGUGUCUCCGCCGGGAACAUUGCCAUCGCCAUCAUGCCGCAACCCUUCCAGUCCGCAGAAAACUAGCUUCAACAGGAAAUGUAGCCUGAUCAAAGAGGAGUUGGGAGAUGAUGAUGGAGCGGCCAGCGGGGGGAGUGAAGAGGUCGAAGUGAAGGCAACUCGAUCAGUUGAAAAUUUGUUGGAGUCGAAGAAGAGGAGCGUGGCGUCUGACCCGAUUUACCAGAUGGACUCCACGUCUGUUCGUCGAGCCCUACACUCCGUGGCUAGCUCUCCUCAAUUACUCAAUCAGAUCUCAGAAGAAAGGGAAUCGGAUGAAGAGGAAGAAAUAUCCGUGUUGCCUUCGUCUGCCUCCAAGACGCUUCACCGAAGCAUGUACAGUUGCCGGCCGAACCUAACCUCUGCCGAGAUGCGCAAGUUUGAGCAGCACAAGAAGCGCAGAGGCACGGGGCAGCGGGGCACGAGUUGCAGCAGUUCCGAUGCCAGCGACACAGAGGAGACGGAGAACAUUGCUCGCAAGGACAAACUGAAACACAAAUUUGCCACUCGUCGAGACAGCAGCGACCAUUCUAGCGACAAUGACGGGCCGGGGGGCCUCAGUGCGCCAUCGGGGGGCAGUCGUUCGGUCGGACGCAGCAGUAGUAGCAAUAGGGGUGAGGGCAAGCAGGGCAGCAAGAGCAGCGACCACCAAGACAAAUCGUCUGAAAAGAAAGGUCAGAAGGGGUCGGGUGGAAAAAGCUCGAGGGCAAACACGACAACCACCAGUUACAGGAGCUGUAGUGAUGGCAACACCAGCAGCAGCAGUAGCAGCGGUAGCAGCAGCAGCACCAAACCACAGUCUUGUCAUUUGAACGGGGCAACAGGGUGCUGUUCCCAGUUAAUUGAAAACUUGUGUGAAACAAAGCAGACGGGGCAUAAUUUUUCAAAAUUGUGUCUUGAAGAUAAGCAGAGCCUUCUGGAGCAGGACGGCAAAAGGGCCAAACCCAAUAACCAAAAGGACUUGGACGUGAAUUUGUUGAACAAACUCAACUCCCACAUUUGGGAAGUGAAGUCCCGUAACAAUAGUGACUACAAAGAGAUCAAGCAGUCGGCUAAGAUAACCCCGGAUGAAAUCUUGUCGAUGUGCUCUUCGGACUGUAACUUGCAUAUACGGAAGGGGAAGAGGUUCGGACGACGGAUCAAGACCGAUAUCAAUCGGAACGGCCUGAAGCCGAGCAUGUGUAAGCUAUCGAGUUCUUCCAAGACUAGCCAUUCUAUAAAACUAGAGACAAAAUGUUGCUCACUUGUGUAAAAUAUU